CGGAUAGCUGGCGCAUCGAGCUGCUGAUUGACGUAGCAUCGAUGAUGACGCACUCGAAGGUCGUUGCGCGCCGCCAGAGGACGAAGGAUAGCGUACCGUUACUUCUGUGUUAGAUAAUCAUCCCACCUUGGAGGCGGAAUACUACCUGGAGGGAAUCACAUCCACGCUCAAGGAGAAGGAGGAACAAGCUAGGAGGUACAGAAAUGGCAGGGGUCAAAUGUAAACCAAUCAGGACCAAGAUUGACGACAAACUGACAGUCUGUAUAUGCGGCGGAGGAAAUGGAGCUCAUAUAUUGGCGGGGUUGGCUGCUUCCCGUCCUGGGGUCGAAACUCGGGUCCUGACCCUGUUCGCAGACGAGGCGGAGAGAUGGACAGGGGCCAUGGAAGGUGGGACAUUCUGCGUCGAUAUCAUUGGCGGAGGAGCAAGAGGAGAAGACGUCGCAAUUCAUGUCGAUCCAUUCAAAGUUUCCAAAGACCCGAAACUUGUCAUCCCAGGGGCUCAUAUUAUUGUUUUCGUGGUACCGUCAUUUGCCCAUGAGCAGUAUUUCGAGGCAAUUGCGCCCUUCGUGUGCCCUCAGAGCGUGAUUAUAGGCCUGCCCGGCGGCAACGGAUUCGAGUUCCAGCUGCGCGGGAUCUUGAAGGAGAAGGCGGACCUGUGCACGGUGAUGGUGUUCGAGUCCCUUCCCUGGGCUUGCAGGAUCAAGGAAUUCGGCAAGGUCGUAGAACUCCUGGCGACAAAGGAAAGCCUCGAUGGCGCCCUCCAGCGGCCUAAUACCGGUGCGAUCCACCACAACCACCUGGCCUCGUUUCAAUACAUGUUGGGGGAUUUACCAAGGUUACAAAUCAAAGGACACCUUCUCGGGAUUACUUUAAUGUCGCCUAACUGCAUCGUACAUCCAAUCAUAAUGUAUGGAGAGUGGGUGAACUGGGACGGUCAGCCGAGAGAGACGGCGCCAUUGUUUUAUUGGGGCGUAACCCAGGAGACUGGUGACCUCAUGUCCAACUGCAGCCAAGAGAUCUUGGCCAUCAGUCAAAAGAUCAUGGACCUCGUCCCUGGGGUCAAUCUCACCAAUGUGAAGCAUAUCUACGACUGGUUUAUCAUCAUCUAUGGGAGCGAGAUUUCGGAUAAGACGAGCCUUGCGACUGUUUUGAGGACGAACAAGGGUUACAACGGAUUGACGCAUCCUUGCGUCAAGACAGAUGACGGAAAGUUCCUACCAAACUUCAAGUAUCGCUACAUGACAGAAGACAUCUCGUUCGGAUUAGCAGUCGUCAAGGGAAUAGCCGACAUUCUCGGUGUAGACACGCCCUCUAUUGAUAAAGUUCUGUACUGGGCCCAGGGUAUCCUGAACAAGGAGUAUGUCGUGAACGGGAGGCUCGUGGGAAAUGAUGUCGGCGAGACCAGGGCACCGCAGCGAUACGGAUUGAUAACACUGAAGGAUAUAUUGAAUCAGGAGGUCUAAUAUAUAUUUGGACUUAAAGGACAUAACAAGUGAAAGGUGUACCCUGCUUUUAAUACCAGAUACUUGACGAAUUUUUCAGCGGUUUUUAGCCUAUAGAUGAAGUUAUGUAACCAUGGUGUUUUUGUUGAUAGAUAUUAUGAAAAGAUCAAAACCGUUGGAGUUUCCCGGAACGAAACAAAAGUAAAGCGUUUAGGAAAAAACACCUUCAUGGCUCAUGAAUAAUGAUUUCACGAAAACUUAAUACAUAUACAUGAGGUGUGUCUAGUUUAGUUUAGUUUUGUUUCGCUUCACUUCGUUCCGGAAACUACCAAUAACCGUCGUCGCAAUAAAUUUAACUAGAUGACUUACACUACUAUGAGAACGACCAUUAAACUUACAUAAAAGUACAUAGAAGAGAACGCCGGUGUUAACUCCGGAGAGAGUAGACAUCGUUUACCAUAAAUUGUAUUAAAAACAAGCUUCUGACUAGAUUUGUCUUAGGUGGCUAAAAACUAUGAAGGCAAUAAAAGUUCAUAUAGGUC